GUUUCUGUACUUCGAGCCGGAGGUGACUAGUGGUUAAACAAACAUAUUAGUGCAAAUUACGUACCUAUGCUGUCCGUUAGUUACGAGAAAUACCAGAUCUAUGUGUAUUGGCUUACGAGGGCAAUCAUGGACUGCAAGGGAACUAAUUGGCUGAAAAAAGAGAAGAAUGAAGUAUAUGCUGAAUCAGGCUCCUUGUUUGAUGAAGAUCCACUAAAGAUGCCUAGUCUUCAUAUAAAGCAUGACCCAGAACUGAAAGAGGAUUUGGAUGGCACUGAACAUCAUUUUCUUGAAGAUGACUUGGGACUCUCUUGGCUAAAUGAUAUUAUCAAGAAGGAUCCUGAACUAAAUUUGGAGGUGGAUGAAACUGAGAAUACUGUGGCAGCCUCAAUAAGAAACACAUCUGAUAGUACAAGUUUCAUUCAAAGUUCUGGUGAGAGCUGUGACAUUUCGUUUGAAGAAACAAUGCAUCAAGGAAUAGUGAACAACGAGCUGGAGAUAGAUGCAGAGAAGUCAACAGAUUUCACUGUGUGCAGUAGCUAUACCAAAAUAUCAAUUUCACAAGAAGAUAGCUUAUUCAGCAUGAGAUGUAGUCGUAGCAUUAGGGAAAAGGAAUUUCACAAGUUUAACUGUGAUUUCUGCCUAAAGAGCUUCCCUUCAAAAUACAGACUCAUAAUGCAUGUCUUCAACCACAUUGAUGGUGUGCAGGCACCUGCAUAUGUGUGUAAGUCAUGUGGUGAAGUAUUGCCCACUGAUGAUUGCUUGAAAAAACAUUUGAGAAUGAGUGAGGUUGACCAAGCAUUAUCUGCUGCCAACAGUGAGAUAGUUGACUGGAGUGAUGACCAUGAAAACAUUAUCUCCUUGGAAAAAGUACGAGAAGGAACCAUGGAACAGACUGAGAAGCAGUCUUCAUCCAAGAAAAGUAGGAAAACAUUCAAGAAAUCGCUUCAUGACGUCUGCAAUACAGAUAAUGUGACACAAGCUGCAGAAAAACCCAUAAGAUGUAAUGAUGAUGGAAUUUUAUCUACAAGUGAUAAUGUCCACAGCGUGCUAUGUGCAAAGAGGUUAAGUGCUCUUAGGAGACAAAAAUUAAUACACACUGGUGAAAGGUCCCACAAAUGCGGCGUUUGCGGCAAGUCUUUUACUCGUUCGAGUACUCUCAAGUCCCAUAACUUAAUACACGCCGGUAAGAGACCUUACAAAUGUAGUGUUUGUGGAAAAUCAUUUACUCAAUCGAGCAAUCGGAGGGCACAUGAAUUAAUACACACACGAAAGAGACCUUACAAAUGUGAUACUUGUGACAAAUCUUUUAAUGUAUCGUCCAAUCUCAAGCGCCAUGUCUUAAUACACACUGGAGAGAGACCUUACAAAUGUAGUGUUUGUGGAAAAUCGUUCAAUCAUCCGAGUAAUCUGAAGUCACACUAUUUAUUACACACUCGACAAAGAGUACACAAAUGCAUUGGUUGUGAAAAUCUUUUUUCAGGACUGGGUCAUGUAAAAGCACAAAGACUAAUAGACACAGGAAAGAGUCCCCACAAAUGUGAUACUUGUGGAAAGUGUUUUACUUCCUUGGGUAAUCUCAAGAAACACCAUUAA